AUGGAUCCAGCUGUGUCGAGCAACUCAGAACCUGAGAGGACGAUGCAACAACCAGAAACUACUGAGACUCAGUCUGAAAAUGCGGAAAUUCAAUCACAAGAUGAGGGCGGGGACUACACGCCACGCAGAAACAUGAUCCCUAUCAUGAUUGCACUCUGCAUCGCGUCCUACUCAUGGGUUGGUUUGUCUUACCUCGUAACCCAGUCCGCUUUGGCUCCGUUUUGGGGCAAGGUGAGCGACAUUUUUGGACGCAAGCCAAUUGUGUUACAGGCAACGUUCGUCUUUUUCAUUGGAAGCUUGAUUUGUGCCGUAGCAAAUAGCAUUACCGUGCUUAUUGCUGGGCGUGCUAUUCAAGGUGCUGGAGCCGGCGGCGUGAUGCUCAUCGUGACGAUUCUAAUAGGAGAUCUCGUCAGUCCAAGAGAACGCGGACUAUAUUUUGGCAUUCUCGGUGGGGUAUAUGGCAUCGCAAUAUCUUCCGAUCCUCUCAUAGGAGGAGCACUUGCGGAAAAUAUCGGCUGGAGAUGGUGCUUCUACAUCAACCUACCGUUUCAGGGAAUCGCUUUUGCCCUCCUGCUCUUUUUCCUCCACGUUCACGAUCCCCGUACCGAAAUUAUCAAAGGCUUAAUGGCUGUUGAUUGGCUGGGAUCGAUUGCUAUUACAGGUUCGGUCCUUAUGCUUCUCCUGGGCCUCCAGUAUGGCAGGGAGGUAUAUCCUUGGAGCUCUGCCAUUUGGAAGCUGGCCCGUUAUCCGGUGCUCCCUCUACGACUGUUCACGACUCGCCCUAUUAUCGCCCUUUUCGUGGUGGAUCUCACGCACGGAUUCCUUUUGUACAGCACGGCCUACUUUGUCCCAUUCUACUUCCAGGUAGUUGUUGGAGCAACACCAAUUGACUCGGCGGUCUGGUCCCUUCCUCUCGCCAUUCCCCUGUCUUUCUUCACCAUCGGGACAGGUCUUUAUAUGCGGAAGACGGGAAAGUACUUAUACAUGAUCAUUGCAGGUAUGGCUAUCUCCACUCUGGGCACCGGUCUGUUGAUCGAUUUCGGUGCAGUAAUCAAUUGGCCAAAGAUCAUCAUCUAUCAACUGAUUAUCGCCGUCGGCCUGGGUCCCAACUUUCAGGCACCGACCAUUGCCCUGCAAGCAAGCAUCGUCCUGGGCGGCGUCAUUCUUAAAAAUCGACUCUCGGCACAAAGCGGUCGUCUCAUUGUUUCUGGAGUCAGCCCUACGAUGGCGGAAGCAAUUGCACGGAAUGGCGCAGCUGGAUCUGUGGAACUCGUUGCACAGCUCACUCUGGCCCAGCAGAACAUUUUUAGGUUGCUUGUAAAGGACAGUCUUGCCGAUAUGUGGAUCUUCUUCGUCGUUCUUUCCGGAAUUGGACUCAUUGCAUCUUUCCUCGUUGGAAUCGAGAAACUUUCCGAUGAGCAUGUUGAACACAAGACAGGUUUGGGGGUGGAAGAGGCAAAUCGAUUGGUGCAUGAAAAGCCGCGGGUCACUGAGCCAGAAAUCGCUGAGAUGACUUGA